UGUAAUAGACUGCCAUCAGAGAAUGACACUCGUCACUCACUAAAUUGUCGGUUCACUACGCCGUCCACUCGUUCGUUUUUCGUAUAUAAGUAUAUAGUUUAGCAGCAGUACAAUAUUUAUCACAACAUCGCUAUCUCAGCUCACUCCCUCUCACUGCAAUAUUAUUUUAAUGUAUACGCCAUAACUUAAGCAUAAUACAUCGACAAUAGUUGUAUACCUUUAUUGUAAGGUCGAUAGCCGAUUUUGUCGAGGAGCGGUCAGCAGAAAAACCGUGAUUUAAUACCAGUAAAUUUGUCAACUUACACUAUGGCAACAAAAUGGGGAAUACUAAGUGCUUCCAAAAUCUCCCACGAUUUUGUUCUAGCUUUAGAAAAAUUGUCUACUGAGGAUCAUAAAGUAGUGGCUGUUGCUGCAAAAGACAUAUCUAGGGCCAAAGAUUUCGCGGAUGAAUUCGGUAUCUCUACUUAUUAUGGUUCUUACGAAGAGCUUGGCAAUGAUUCCAAUGUCGACGUUGUUUACAUCGGUGCUCUUAACCAUCAACACUAUUCACUGACCAAACUAAUGCUCGAAAGUUGUAAGCCUGUGCUAUGUGAAAAACCAUUUUGUAUUAACGCCAAACAACUUGAUGAAUUGAUAAAACUAUCAAAUGCUAAAAAGUUAUUUCUCAUGGAAGCUAUGUGGAGUCGUUUUACACCAGCGUAUCAAAAAGUAAUCGAAGUACUGCAAAACGGAACUAUCGGUACAGUCUUACACGUGCAGGUCAACUUUGGAAGACAAAUGUCGAACAUCGAAAGAAUUUGGAAAAAGGAAGUGGGAGGAGGCUCAAUACUUGAUAUUGGUGUUUAUACACUGCAUCUAGUUGAUACAAUACUUGGACCCGACAAACCCGUAUUCAUAGAAAGUAAAGGAACAUUAAAUAGUCAUGGCACAGAUGAAAAUAUGUCUGCUAUUCUCGAGUAUCCCGAAGGGAAAAUUGCCGUCAUCUCGAUACACACAAAAGUGGAAAUGGAUUGUUCAGCUUACAUACAUGGCACUAAGGGCACAAUCAAGAUUCAUGAACCAUUUCACGCUUCAAAUAAAGUAACAGUUAACACAACCAAUAAUGAUACCUCAUGUUAUACAUUUGUACAACCAGAUACAAGAAAACCUACAAUAUUUCCAAAUAGUGUUCAGUUACGUUACGAAAUAGAUCAUGUCAGACAUUGUUUAAAAAAAGGUUUUAUUGAAUCACCAGUUGUUACUUUAAAUAAUAGUUAUACCGUGCAAGAAAUAAUGGAUCGAUUGAGAAAUCAAAUUGGUGUACACUUUGAAGAUUAUGAUACUUCGCCGUGAAUUGUUAAAAAAAAUAUUAAUAUAUUAUAAUAUACACAAUAAACUAUAAAUGGGCAACAGUAUAAAAUUAA